UACAACACAACCAUCAUAAUAUUCUUAUUUACAUCUAAUUAGAUAUAUUUUUUUCUUACAUUCGUUCUGCAUUGAUAAUAAUAUUAUAGGAAUUCUAUGGCUCGGAGCUGCAGCAAGGAGUUCGCCAGUAAUUAUAUGCUACUGAAUUCAGAGAACUUAGGUUUUAUCGACCUGUUUUACAUAGUACUUUCCAAGGACUUAAAGAACAGAAAAUUCAUAGACUGUUCUGAAGGAGCGCGAGAAGAAAGCUCAAGCCGGAGAUGGAUUAUAUUUGCUUCAAUCGUCGCCCAAAAGCUAUUGUUCUUCUUGGCGAAACCCUUGGCACGGUUCGGAUCUAAGGUGGAGUAUUGGCUCAACUUAAUUUCUAGCAAUGGUGGCUUUGUUGGCCUAGUUCAAAAUUUCUUACGAGGGAGAGUUGUAGAGCCUAAUAAAGAAUCAGCAAAUUUCUUCUCAAUUACGGAAUAUACGGACAAGCGAGUGGAUUUAGACAAAAGCAUCAAACCUGGAGAUUGGAGAUACUUGAGUGCACUUUCAAUCAUGGCUGCUAAAGCUUCUUAUGAGAACAAAGCAUACCUUGAGACAAUUGUCAGAGAUCAUUGGAAGAUGGAACUUUUGGGUUCGUUCAAUUUCUGGAAUGAUUAUCAAGAAAAAGCAAAUACACAAGCCUUCUUGUGCCGUGAGACACGCGGAGACGAGGAACUAAUCGUGGUGUCUUUCAGAGGCACUGAGGUAUUUGACGCAGAAGCUUGGUCAUCCGAUGUUGAUCUCUCCUGGUACGAGCUUCAUUGUGGCGUUGGAAAGGUUCACGGAGGCUUUUUGAAAGCACUAGGCUUACAGAAGAAUCUAGGUUUCCCGAAAGAAAUUGAACAAGUAGACGACAGACCAGUGGCUUAUUAUUUCAUCAGGAACAUGCUUAGAGAACUCCUUGCAGCUAACAAGAAUGCAAAGUUCAUUGUUACGGGCCACAGCUUAGGAGGAGCAUUAGCCAUUCUGUUUCCGGCCAUUUUAGCUUUCCACAAGGAGGAUUUGUUGCUUGAGAGAUUACAAGGGAUUUACACAUUCGGUCAACCAAGAGUCGGAGACUCGAAAUUUGGGGAGUUCAUGGAAGAGCAAUUGAAGAAUAACAGUAUUCGUUAUUUCAGAACAGUUUACUGCAAUGAUAUUGUGCCUCGGCUUCCUUAUGAUGACAACAACUUCAUGUUUAAGCACUUUGGAGAAUGCCUCUACGUAAACAGUUUUUAUAAAGGACAGAUUGUUGCAGAGGAGCCGAACAAGAAUUACUUUUCGCUUUUGGAUGCCAUUCCGCAGAUGGCAAAUGCAGUUUGGGAGCUUGCAAGAAGCUUUGUCAUUCCCUACACAAGGGGAGCUGAUUACAAGGAAGGGGCUCUUCUUCGAGUGAUAAGAUUAUUAGGAGUUUUAGUACCGGGUAUAUCAGCUCAUUUACCCCAAAAUUAUGUUAAUGCUUCCCGGUUGGUAUCCUCUGAUGUAUUGCGGAUUGAUGACUAACCAAACCAAUCCGUGUGUAUUCUUUUAUGUUUGCUUUUUUGAAAUUUAUGUAUCUUAUUUAAUUUUUUAUUAUUA